AUGGCCAAGAAGCCCAACCAGUGUGCCUACUCAAGUGGAUGUUGUGGCCGCCUGGCCAUCAAGAAGAAUGGCAAGCCACACACAAUGUGCGAGACUCACCGCCGCUACCAAGCAAAGAAACAGCGACAGCGCCGCUGCGAAAAACAUCCACCGACACUCCGCGAAACUCAAUGCCGAUACCCUGGCUGCGAGGAAGUGAGAGCUAUUAAAAGUGGGAAGAUGCUGCAACUGUGCGAAAUGCAUCGAGCGCGGCACAACGAGGACUCCGAGGCUUCCACGCGACCUGGCGCCGCACGUAUGCCGCCCGAGGCCGUGUCCGAGUCGGAGGCUACCCUCACUGCUGGUAAAUCUCCACCGUUUGGGAUACGAACACUUCCACGCGAGAUGACAUCCAACUCAUUUCGACCUGAUGAGCUAUCGAGAUCGACUUUAUCGGAUCUCUCUCGCGCGCUCACGGAUCGCCAGCACCAACGUUCUCAAGCUGACGCGCUUUUCUUUCAGCACCACGCUGAAAUCUGGUCCAAGCAGUACAUCAGCGCAUUGAAUAAGCAUUCGAACUAG